CUUCGCUCUGUUCCUAUGGUAGGCCAGCUUCAUCACAGAGACAAAAACUCCUAGAGCGGCAUCCUAUUGGAUGACUUCGGCUGUUUCUAGGGUGUUCUCUCCGGUACAGCGCCAUAGAGAUGCCGAGGGAUAGAGCGACCGCCUUUGUGCUCCCGUAGGGACUCCUGACAUUCCACCACAGAGAUGGCUAGAGUGUCCAUCAUUCCACCCACAGAGCCAGCCCUCUAUUGCGGAGAUAGAGCGACAGUCACUCGGCCUCCAACGGCACCUUACCAAGAGCCACUCUAGCCUGUUCCCCCAGCUCUACUAGCCAGACUUCCUGUAUCGGCCGCUUCCGUUGGCGUCACUUCCGCUACCGGCGGCGUCUGGUGCCAGUUGGGUCGCGUGGCCGAGUCGAGCGGCGGUCCUGCCCUGUCGGCCCCUUACCCCUUUGCGGCCUUCUCUCGUCUCCGCCUUUCCUCCCCGUCGCCAUGGCGAUGAGGCAGACCCCGCUGACGUGCUCCGGCCACACGCGGCCCGUGGUGGAUCUGGCCUUCAGCGGCAUCACCCCCUACGGCUACUUCCUCAUCAGCGCCUGCAAGGAUGGGAAGCCUAUGCUCCGCCAGGGAGACACGGGAGACUGGAUUGGAACAUUUCUUGGACACAAAGGUGCCGUCUGGGGCGCCACUUUGAAUCAGGAUGCCACUAAAGCCGCUACUGCAGCUGCAGAUUUCACAGCCAAAGUGUGGGAUGCUGUUUCAGGAGAUGAGCUGCUCACUUUGGCUCACAAGCACAUUGUCAAAUCUGUGGACUUCACUCAGGACAGCAAUUACCUGUUGACAGGAGGACAAGACAAAUUGUUGCGUAUCUAUGACUUAAGCAAGCCAGAGGCAGAACCUGAAGUGGUGAGCGGCCACACAUCCGGCAUUAAGAAGGCUCUGUGGAGCAGCGACGAUAGCCAGAUUCUUUCUGCCGAUGAUAAAACUGUCAGACUCUGGGAUCGAAGUACAUUGACAGAAGUGAAGGCCAUCAAUGUGGCCAUGUCUGUGAGCAGCAUGGAGUACAUCCCGGAAGGGGAGAUACUGGUGAUCACCUACGGAAGGACCAUUGCAUUUCACAGUGCAGAAACCCUGGAGCAGAUUAAAUCAUUUGAAGCGCCCGCAACAGUCAAUUCUGCUUCGCUCCACCCUGAGAAAGAGUGUCUAGUCGCAGGUGGCGAAGACUUUAAACUUUAUAAGUACGAUUAUAACUCUGGUGAAGAGCUAGAAUCAUACAAAGGGCACUUUGGGCCCAUUCACUGUGUCAGAUUCAGCCCAGAUGGAGAGCUGUACUCCAGUGGCUCCGAGGACGGAACGCUGAGACUGUGGCAGACGACAGUCGGCAAAACAUAUGGUCUCUGGAAAUGUGUGAUUCCUGAGGAAGAAGGCGGAGAGCUGGUGAAACCAAAGGCUAACCUUCCAGGAACUGCAGAAGAAGAACUAGAAGACCUCGGCUCCGAAAAUUCAGAUCCCAUCUACAGCACGACCCCCGAAGUCAAGGCUUGAGGCUUACGGCCACCAACCGCAACACACGGACAUUUUGAGACAAAAAUAUCGAGCAAGACAGAGCAGCAUGUAGCGGGACCUCCCUGGGGGCACACGGCACCCAAGGCAGAGAUGGGCAGUCAUUGACGAGAACGCAUCAGAGCUUGGUUGACUUUAAAGAGAGCAGGGCAAGUCGAACGGCAGCAGGUUUGGCCAUCUCCCAGCGACCGCUGCCUUUUGCUUUUUUUUCUUUUCCCCUGAACGUGAUACAGCGGCAGAGAUUCUGGUUCCUCCGGCUUCAGUUAUAACUCAUCGUAGCGUUUAUUAUCAAGGAGAAAAUGUAACCGCUUCUAGUAGAGUGUGUGGAAUGGGGGAAGAGUCGGCAGAAGCUGGGAGUUAUAUUGUUUUUUUAAAAAAACUGAUUUGGGGUUUUGUUGUGGGUUUCAUUUGUUGUAUGUUGCUUCGGUUUCCAGCCGUCUAAAUAAAAUACCUGUGUCGCAGCCACCAGAACCCAAAGGAGGCUUAGACAAGGAAGAAGUUA